AUGGGAAAGCGUAAGAAGUCCAGCAGAACGCCUCAGGGGCCGCGAAAGCGCGAACCUCUUGCCACAACAUUUGCCUGCCUCUUCUGCAACCAUGAGAACUCUGUCAUCGUCAAAUUGGACAAGAAGCUGGGCCUAGGUGACCUCUCAUGUAAAAUCUGCGGUCAAAAGUUCCAGACCGGCAUUAAUUGUGAGUUCAAUACGCAUUCCGCUUCAACCUCCUGCAUGGUCGCUAAUCCGAUGUUUUUCGCGGCAUCUUCAGAUCUGUCCGCCGCCGUGGACGUGUAUUCGGAUUGGGUGGACGCCUGCGAUGCGGUGGCGAAGGACACUGCCAAUCAAUACGACGGUCCUGUUGGGUCAAGGGGCGCAGGCAAGUCUGAUGCGCUGGCUAGCGCGGGACAUGGCGAAACGUACGAGGACGACGAUGACUAUUGA